CGACAUUUCACGUCCAAGCGCGUACACUCAGACCCACUUGUUCUCUACCAUCAGCAACAUCCACGUCGCCCCCAAACUCACUCGCAUCCUAUCACCCAAUCGCCUGUUCUUUCGUCAGUCACCAAUUCCGAAGAAGGCUCUGCCGCCCGAAAAUAGCGCGAUAUGGGGGAGAAACGGAAACGCCCCUCCACCGCGCAUGCCCGCCCCUCCACCGCCAAACGACAGAGCAUCACUCCAGCGCCACAACCAACUCCUCCGAUUCCGGUUGAGCCUGAGUUUCCCACGUCGUUCACUCGAGAUGGAGCUCUACCGGUUCUUCCGGUAUGUCAGCCGGCAAACCUUGCGCUGAAGGAGUACAAGUCUGUCGCAGAAAGUAAGGUACUUGCAGAAUCGCUUAAUCGCUCCCGGCGAGAGUGGGUCGAUGGGGAGAUAUUCGAGAAGUUCUGGACCAAGCCGUUGAAGUCGCGAAAACUCGAUCCGGCGAUCCUCGAAAAGAACCCCGGAAGAGACUGCAUGGUGAAGCUGGGCAAUGCGACGAUGCACAUUACGCCGCAUAAGUUCGAUGUCCGGCUCUACCAGGUUCUACGGCCAGUGAAAGAUGUUCCACCGCCGCCUCCACCUCCACCGCCGCCUCCGCCUCCAACUCCACUGCAGCCAACAGUACAACUACAACCACCAGCGUCGGGUCCGACUGUACAACAAGCUUCUCAGCCCGCAACUACACUGCGAAGUGCGCCACACGUUCAGCUAAACGUCGCUCCUCCAGCGCCGAUGCAUAAUAUGGCUCCUACGGCGCCGAUGAUGCAGGCUCAACAGCCAAUUCUGGCAGUUCCCGUGACGGCUCCCGCGCCAGCUCCCGCCCAGACUCGACAACCGGCACCUGUACAGCAACAAUCAGCGUCCCUGCAGCAACGAUCACCUGUUACGCCUAGUGCUCCUAUACCGGCUCCAGUUUUGACCAGGCUACAGCCGGUCUCAGCUUCUCCACAACAGAUGCUCCACCAACCGCCCUUGACGUCUCAACCCAACCACGGUCCACCCGCGGCUGGCCCGCCUACGCGUCCAGCGCCACAAGCUGCACAAACCACUACACCGAGCAAUAGGCCACGUCCACCGGCACCGCUUGUCCAAAAUGCCCCUCCUACGGAUCCUCGUCCUCCUCAUACUCCUCAGCAGCAUCCGCCACCGGGCAUGCAACAGGGACCAACUAUGCAGCAACCACAACUCCAAGUUGCUACUCGGCCGGAUCCAGUCAUCCAGCUCCUUGCCAUGAAAGCCGCCACGGAUGUGCAAUUGAAGGAGCUGAUGCGAAUUGUCGCCUCCGGAAAAGCAUCUAGAGAACAGCUACAAGAAUUCCAGGGCUACAUCGAUAUGCUUACGGCUACCAGCAACAAGAAUUCUCAGCCUCCACCUCAGCCGCGCCCAGGCCCUCCUGCUCCGCCUCAUCAAAUGCCUCAACAGCCACCACGGCAAAAAUUACCUCAACAAGGACAGCCUCAGCAACCGAUGCCUAUGCAGAUGCAUCACAUGCACCCUCCUCCACCAAUAUACCAACAUGCACCGCCAGCACAGCCGCCUCGGAUGCAACAGCCGGCACGACAAUUCUCCCCACCCCAGCCAGUGCAACAGCGGCCUGGUCCGCCGUCCAAAAAAGCGUUCCCACAGGCCCCAAAACAAGAGAUGUAUGGUAUUGUCUUUGAGUUCAUCGACUCUUACAGCCAGGGUGACCGCUUUAUGUUCCCGAAAUUUACGAUUCUGGAAUACCUUGGUCGGGGCACAACUGUUAAAGCAUCCUUCAUCGUCACCAAGAAACCACCCGGCCUCGAUGAAGAGUACUACGUACCGGUUACCAUAUCGUUGGAGUCGGCUUAUCCGAGGGUUCUGGAGCAUCUGAAGAUGAUCGUCGCAGAUCCGGAGACGACGAGGACGCACAUGAAGAAGAUCAUGGAGACUAAGAAGCGUGUUAAUGACACGUUUCUGGCAUAUCGUCUGCGGAGAGAAGCUGGAGAGGCGGUGCCAGAUAAGACAUAUAUCGAGGCUCGGUUCGAACAACCGCCUCGGAUCAGGGAGCCAAGAGCACCAAGGGAACCAAGGGAACCGAGAGAUCCAAACACACCCAUGCGAGAACCCAAGAGUGCCGGCAACGUUACGCAGCCACGGUCUGGGCCGAGGGUGAAGCACGUCAAGAAGCACAUCCAAAAAUCCCCUAGCAUCUCUAGCAGCACUGCCACUACUACUUCUGCGAUUCCUACAACCACAAAUAUCCCUCCUGCUACAAUUAUUGAUUCUCCAUCUAUUCCUAUUUCUACCGCUCCUAUCUCCUUUGCUACACCAACAGGCUCUUCACCUCCACCGCCUUUACUCCCGUCCGCGCCACCUAGACUUCCCCGACUACCCAAGCCUCCCCGAUCACGAAAAGGACGGAUCGCAGACCCAACCAAAAACUGCCACAUUUGUCAGACCUCCAAAACGUCACUAUGGCGGAAGGCUGAUAUCGAGGGGGAGAAUGUCACCGUCUGCAACGCCUGCGGAAUCAAAUGGAAGACCAACGCCCAGAAGCAAGCUCAAAUCGCGGCCGCAGUUGCGCAGGGCUUGCCAAUACCUAUAUUUCCCGGGGACCCGGUAACCGAGGAUGCCGCAGAAAAUACGAGCGUUUUUGAGAACAUGACGGUUCAAAUGUCUUCUCCACCUCCAGCUACUCAGCCGGCUAAUUUAGCUGCGCCAUCGUCGGUCUCGGAACCCCCACCGGAGCCUACUCCUUCGACUGAAGUUCCCGCUGUUGAUACUGCUGUUGCUACCUUGUCCUAAAUUCUGUGCAUAAACGGAUAUUGUGUUAACCUUGAUUUUAAUACUGAGUUUUUGUCCUUUCUAGCUUAGGUCUGCGUGGCGAACUGGUGUUCUUGCUCUUCAUUUGUGCUUUUGCGUUGAUUUAGGGUUGGUGAUGGUGGAUGCUAGGAGGAUACGAUGGUCUGUGCUGCAGAGGGAGAUUUUAUGCUCCCCACUGUGAUGUGAUGUUGAAAUGCGUAUGGAUGGGUUUUCUUUGAAAGAUGGGCCUUGGCACUGCGAGUUUGGCGUGUGAUGUGAAAAACAAUUGAAUGAAGGAUUGCCGG